UUAGACCUAGCCGCUCCCUCACACGGCGCAUGUGCGAGAUGGUCUUCUUCCUCCUCUCGCAGCAACACCACCUCGAGAUCUCUCAUGAGGAUACCCAAGAGAAGAAGAAUCUCUCGGAGUCAACCAUCCAUCUUCACGGUGGAACGCUUAUCGUCGACAAGAUGAAGAUCUGUAGAUCACCGAAUGGCCGUCCCGUGCAAGCAGGAUGGUGAUUUGAAGGCCUCGACGGAUCCUAGCCGCAUGUGCCUGGCCUUCGAGUUGCAAUAACUCGCAAGACCAGGUUCAUGGCGCUGUGGUUCGUUGGUAUGCCACCCCCCCAAAGUCGCUUGGGUCUGCCGGAUCCUUUUCCUCAAUUUACUUUUGAUUAGCGAGAUGACUGCAGACUUCUUUUGCAAAGUGAUCCCAGGGACUUGCUGCAAACCGAGCGAGAUCCAGGAGCGUAAGACACUGACUCAUGGGCCCAGCUCGUUGCUACGGGCCCCACCCGGCUGCGGCAGAGGCUCAGAGCAUCAUCGGUCAACUCCCAGUACACCAACAAGCCUCAAGCGUGCGCUGCUAUUGGGCUGGUCCACUGGGCUGCCUGUGGGCUCUUAAGAACUACGGGUCUGCAAGGCCCGCUGUUCUUUUUUUUUUUCAGGGCAGGCCUGUUGUUUUCUAAUUACGCAUUUGCUCUUUCAGUCAUCUGAUUAGUUUCGGCCAAUCUACAUUCCGGCCCUGUAAGCUCCCCCGAUGGAUUGGGGCGGGGUCGGGCCUAUAAAAUGCACCAUGUUGGCGUCCGUUUUGCCCUAACCUGCUUCGUCUCCCUCCCCUGGCGGCGCACCACUUCUGGCGGCACGGCAAGCAGGUUCACCGGCGCUCCCGACAAUCCAACAAGCUUUCAAUGGCGAUGUCGUUGCUUGCAAGGACGGGCACCAAGUUUGCCUGCGGUGCCACAUCCAAGGCUGGCGAGCUCCUGGGGCGUCAGUGGCCGGAUCGAUCCCGUGGAGUGGACGGCCUUCUUCCUAGGACUGGAGAGAUGCCAUUUCUCAUGAAGGCCGGCUUCAAGCUCCUUGCCCAUGGCGGAGUCACUAAGGCCCCUGCUGCUGCCAUGCUCGGCCUUACUGGGGGCGUUGCAUCAAGGGGCUUCAGCAGCUCCCGACGGCCUCCUACUGACCCUGGGCGCACUUUCACUCUGAGAAAAUGGGAUAAGCAGUCCCUUGAUGAAGAAUAUGAGCAUCAGGGAGGUGUGUUUGGAGAACACCGUCGUAAGCAAGAAGAAAAGGAUGAGCAGCGUCAUCAGGAAUACUUGCGCAAUUUCAGGCAUAAGAAGUACGAGGAUAAUUUUUCUGCCCUGAAGACAAGUGUUGCCAAGAUUGAGAAAGCUGUCUCUGAGGGUUUUGUGAAGAUGAAUGAAAGCUUUGUUCAAGUUGAUGCCCGUAUUCAGAAGACUGAUCAGCUCAUUGUGUCUGAGAUCUGUGAUGCUACUGAACUGUCAGCCUCGGACAUGAUGGAGCUGGUUCUGCUGUUGGAGAUUCUGAUUGCUGACCUUGAGGAUUUCGAAGCAGCUGUUGUGCAGAAGGACAAUGAUGAGUUUAUGAACAUGCUUGAUAAGAUCCCGAAGAUGAAACUUUGGUAUAUGAUCAUCAUUGCAUCUGAUGUUGUUAUAAGCGCUGGUUGCUCGUGUUCUGAUGUUUUUCACAUGAUGGAGGAGGCGCAUAAAGCGGCCAUUAAAGAAAUGGAAGAGAAGAUCGAAAAGCUAAGGAAGUAACCCUAGAGGACAGGGUAAUGAAAGAGAGGUGAAAACUCAAGUGAAUCUUUUGGUGCCGGCGAGUGUGUAUUAAGUUAGGAAGUUGCUUCUGUUCUCUUGGUAGUCAUUUUGUAAUAAUUUCCAAAUUUAUUCCUCCACUUUUGGUGAAACUAUACCUUUGGUCAGAAUAUCGGUCUGAGUCGCCAAAUUGCAGUUAUGUUUCUUUUGUAUCAAGAUUUCAUUGUUUCUCUGUUUACAGUUUUGGCUUGUGAUUAA